AGCGGAUUAACCCCGCUCCAUCUGGUGGCACAGGAAGGACAUGUUGGCAUUGCAGAUAUUUUGGUGAAUCAGGGGGCUUCAGUCUCGGCAGCCACGAGGAUGGGCUACACCCCCCUCCAUGUAGCGUGUCACUAUGGCAACAUCAAGAUGGUGAAGUUCCUCCUGCAGCAACAAGCCAAUGUCAACAGCAAAACAAAGCUGGGUUACACUCCUCUGCACCAGGCGGCGCAGCAGGGACACACGGACAUUGUGACGCUGCUGCUGAAGCACGCCGCUCUGCCCAACGAGACCACGACCAAUGGGACGUCAGCGCUGGCCAUCGCUAAGAGGUUGGGCUACAUCUCUGUCAUCGAUGUCCUAAAGCUCGUCACAGAGGAGACGGUUUCCAUGACGACCACAGAGAAACAUCGCAUGAGCUUCCCAGAAACAGUGGACGAGAUACUGGACGUGUCAGAGGAUGAAGGAGAGGAGCUCUUGGGGACCGAAGGGGCCAGGUACAUGAAGAUGGAUGACAUGAAAGACCAUGAUGACGAUUUCCUCUCUCCCAAGAAAUCACUGGAGUACGAGAGAGGGCUGGGCUCAGCGAAUUACUCCCCAGCCAUUCCCAGGAUCCCCCGGGUCUCUCCGGAGACCGUUAUCCUGAAAGAACACGAGAUGGAUCUGCAACACACUCCUCUUCCACUGCCCAAAGAAUACGACGAUGACUCCCUGAUUCCCAGCAGCCCAGCGACUGAGACGUCAGACAACGUCAGCCCAGUCGCUAGUCCCAUACACACGGGUUUCCUGGUCAGUUUUAUGGUAGAUGCUCGUGGCGGCUCAAUGCGAGGCAGCAGGCAUAACGGUCUGCGUGUGAUCAUCCCCCCGCGGACCUGUGCCGCACCGACCCGCAUCACCUGCCGCCUGGUGAAGCCGCAGAAGCUGACCAGCCCCCCUCCGCUGGUGGAGGGAGAGGGGCUGGCCAGCCGGAUCAUCUCCCUGGGGCCCGCCGGGAUGCAGUUCCUGGGACCUGUGAUAGUGGAGAUCCCUCACUUUGCUGCUCUGGGUCGGGGUGACCGGGAGCUCGUGGUGCUGAGGAGUGAGAACGGCAAUGUCUGGAAAGAACAUCGUAAUCGCUACGGUGACGAGGUGCUAGAAACAAUCCUCAAUGGGAUGGAUGAGGAACUAGAAAGUCAGGAGGAGCUCGGGAAGAAGCGGAUCCGUCGCAUCAUCUCCACCGACUUCCCGCUCUACUUUGCUGUUGUGUCACGAGUCCAGCAAGAGAGCGACCUGAUUGGACCAGAGGGAGGUCAGCUGACAAGCAAACUGGUGCCAUUGGUGCAGGCCACGUUUCCUGAGACGGCCGUCACCAAACGAGUGCGCCUGGGUCUGCAGGUGAGAUGGGACGAUGAGGAGAAGGAAGGAGAAGAAAGGCAGAAUCGUUAAUGCCUGUGUUGCCUGAAAGAAUAAAGCAUGUUACUUUGAUGGAAUGACCUGAUCAUAUCAGCCUCUGUGCCAAGUUUUCCUGAUUUCAUUUUUUCUUUGGUUUGUUUAUUCUGCUUUUUGCAUUUUUAGAGGACCUUUUUACAUUUCCAGUGCAUGCACUUGGCACCUUUUAUAUAACUGUGGACUGCUCGUUUAGUGCUGAUAUGAUAUUCUUUGUUUUUUCCUUGAUGUCUCUCUCACUAAUAUAUUUAUUUCAUUGACAAAGCCCUGUAUUUACUAUAUUUCACACAUUCAUUUGAGAUACCUUGUUACAGUUAGUCGAACAUUACUUGAUGGAAAAGCAAAAUGCAUGUUUGUAUGACUGUAUACUUACUGUGUAGAGGUUUUUUUGUCAUAAAUGUCUCGAAAAUGUGUUAAAAGGUCCUUAUAGAAUGAAGUGUUGUCCCUCGUAAAAAGGGACCCUUUAAUCUUAGUUAAAUAACUGUUGGUUGAAGCUUUAUGACCCUUUUGAGAGAAUGGAUACACUUUUUAGGUCUUGACAUUUUCUAUAAAAUAUUCACCAAAAGAAGAUAAAUAUUUUAUUAGCACACUGCACCAACUCAAUUAUACAAUAGGAAACCACUCUCUUUACACAAUGACCCACUUAAGGUUUAACCCUCACCACCUGAUGUCCUGACAUCCUGUUUCAAAAUAAAACAUCAAGUUGCUCUAAAAUCCAUAACAAGUCAUAUUGGAAUGAGAUUUAAUAAUGGGGCGAAAUUGCAGAUUACAACAAUUCAGGCAUCAAUCAUAAAAUAAUUGUCACAUUGAACCUUUUUUUUCAAAUUUCUUCAAAAAAAGGUUUUUAAAGGUUUCUGAGCAAAAAGUCCUUUCAAGAUUUUUUUAUAAUAUUUUUAUGAAUGUUCACAAUUUUUUCAUAUUUGCUGACAUGAUAUCAAGGCUUUAUUGGCCUUUGUUUUUCAGUGUGAAGAUAUUUUUUCCAGUUCAAUACUAUGAUUGCAUUAAUAUUUGUUUUUAACAAAAACAUAAUUAAAAAUAUUUAGAAUUUAUAUAACAUUUUUGGAAUAUAUAGGUCAGAAAUGCAUUCAUUAGAUGGAAUUGUGUAAAUCUAAUAUCAGAAUCUGUACCAAAAUGUAGUAGAUGUCUAUGAAUGGACCUUCAGCUGCUGUCCUUUAGACACAGGAAUGAAUUUAUGACAAGCUAAAUAUGUAUUGUAAA